UGUAAACGGCGGAGGCAUUUUCCCUGCAUUGUCCAGAAGGAACUUUCUCCUGCGUCAGUCCGGGUUAAUCAUGAGAGAGCUUGUCCACAUUCCACUGGUACAUAUCCUAACCCUGGUUGCCUUCAGCGGGACUCAGAAACUUCCAAAAGCUCCUGUCAUCACCACUCCUCUUGAAACAGUGGAUGCCUUAGUCGAAGAAGUGGCUACUUUUAUGUGUGCUGUGGAAUCCUAUCCCCAGCCUGAGAUUUCCUGGACGAGAAAUAAAAUUCUUAUCAAGCUCUUUGACACCCGGUACAGCAUUCGGGAGAACGGGCAGCUCCUCAGCAUCCUGAGCGUGGAGGACAGUGACGAUGGCGUUUACUGCUGCAUAGCCAACAACGGCGUGGGAGGUGCUGCUGAGAGCUGUGGAGCCCUGCAAGUGAAGAUGAAACCUAAAAUAACUCGUCCUCCCAUAAAUGUAAAAAUAACCGAGGGAUUAAAAGCAGUUCUACCAUGUACUACAAUGGGCAAUCCCAAGCCGGCGGUGUCUUGGAUCAAAGGGGACAGCCCCCUUAGGGAAAAUUCCCGCAUUGCAGUUCUUGAAUCUGGGAGCUUGAGGAUUCAUAAUGUGCAAAAGGAAGAUGCAGGACAGUACCGAUGUGUGGCAAAAAACAGCCUCGGGACAGCGUAUUCCAAACUGGUGAAGCUGGAAGUUGAGGAAGAAAGUGAACCUGAGCAAGAUGCUAAAGUCUUUGCCAGAAUCCUGAGGGCUCCUGAAUCCCACAAUGUCACCUUUGGCUCCUUUGUGACCCUGCGCUGUACAGCAACAGGCAUCCCUGUCCCCACCAUCACCUGGAUUGAAAACGGAAAUGCUGUUUCUUCUGGGUCCAUUCAAGAGAGUGUGAAAGACCGAGUGAUUGACUCAAGACUGCAGCUGUUUGUUACCAAGCCAGGACUCUACACAUGCAUAGCUACUAAUAAACAUGGAGAGAAAUUCAGUACUGCAAAGGCUGCCGCCACCAUCAGCGUAUCAGAAUGGAGUAAACCACAGAAAGAUAACAAAGGCUACUGUGCCCAGUACAGAGGGGAGGUGUGUCAUGCAGUCCUGGCGAGAGAUGCUCUUGUUUUUUUCAACACCUCCUAUGUGGACCCUGAGGAGGCCCAAGAGCUACUGGUCCACACUGCUUGGAGUGAGCUGAGAGCGGUGAGCCCGCUCUGCCGGCCGGCGGCUGAGGCUCUGCUGUGCAGACACAUCUUCCAGGAGUGCAACCCUGGGGCAGCACCUGCUCCUACCCCACUGUGCAGAGAGUACUGCCUGGCAGUAAAGGAGCUCUUUUGUGCAAAAGAAUGGCGGGCUGUGAAAGAAAAGACCCAUCGAGGACUCUACAGACCUGGGAUGCACCUCCUGUCCCUGCCAGAAUGCAGCAAGCUUCCCAGCAUGCACUGGGACCCCCUGGCCUGUAGCAGACUGCCAUAUUUAGAUUACAAAAAAGAAAACCUAACAACAUUCCCACCAAUGACGUCCUCGAAGCCAAGUGUGGACAUUCCAAAUUUGCCUUCGUCCUCCUCAUCUUCCUUCUCUGUCUCACCCACAUACUCCAUGACUGUCAUAAUCUCCAUCAUGUCCAGCUUUGCAAUAUUUGUGCUUCUUACCAUAACUACACUUUAUUGCUGCCGAAGAAGAAAACAGUGGAAAAAUAAGAAAAGAGAAUCAGCAGCAGUGACCCUCACAACUCUGCCUUCUGAGCUCUUGCUAGACAGACUUCAUCCCAACCCCAUGUACCAGAGGAUGCCACUCCUUCUGAAUCCUAAGCUGCUCAGCCUAGAGUAUCCAAGGAAUAAUAUUGAAUAUGUGAGAGAUAUUGGAGAGGGAGCAUUUGGAAGGGUCUUUCAAGCAAGGGCUCCAGGCUUACUUCCCUACGAACCUUUCACUAUGGUGGCAGUAAAGAUGCUGAAAGAAGAAGCUUCGGCAGAUAUGCAAGCAGACUUCCAGAGGGAGGCAGCCCUUAUGGCAGAAUUUGACAACCCCAACAUUGUGAAACUCUUAGGCGUGUGUGCCGUGGGGAAGCCCAUGUGCCUGCUCUUCGAGUACAUGGCCUACGGGGACCUGAACGAGUUCCUGCGCAGCAUGUCGCCGCACACGGCGCGCACCGUCAAUCCCGGUGACGUGUCACCCGGGCCCCCGGCCCUGUCCUGCGCCGAGCAGCUGCGCAUCGCCCGGCAGGUGGCGGCAGGCAUGGCCUACCUCUCCGAGCGCAAGUUCGUGCACCGGGAUUUAGCCACCAGGAACUGCCUGGUGGGGGAGAACAUGGUGGUAAAAAUCGCUGACUUCGGCCUCUCCAGGAACAUGUACUCGGCGGAUUACUACAAAGCCAACGAAAACGACGCCAUCCCCAUCCGCUGGAUGCCGCCCGAGUCCAUUUUCUACAACCGCUACACCACCGAGUCGGACGUGUGGGCCUACGGCGUGGUGCUCUGGGAGAUCUUCUCCUACGGCCUGCAGCCCUACUACGGCAUGGCCCACGAGGAGGUCAUCUACUACGUGCGGGACGGCCACAUCCUCUCCUGCCCGGACGACUGCCCGCUGGAGCUGUACAAUCUCAUGCGGCUGUGCUGGAGCAGGCUCCCUGCAGACAGGCCCAGCUUCACCAGCAUACACCGAAUCCUGGAACGCAUGUGUGAGAGGGCAGGGGGGCCGUGAGCGUCCGAAGGUGAAGAUGUGCAAACGCAACGCUGCCAGAGGAACCCGGAAGACCUGGAUAGGAAAGAAAAAGAGCAGCGGGGAAAAUAGCCUGUUGCUUGUUUCCCAGGAAGAGCAAAGACAUUGCACAGCCCACGUGGUGGGCAGACCCGUGAAAGUUGCUGAUUGGAAAAUGGGAAAUAGAUAACUCUCCUCACGGGGAAAGUUGGCAACACACGUAGUGCAGGAAAGAACGCCAUCCUGGUCAGCUCCCUCACUAGCUGGCCCCAGAGCAAGGGUCUGCGGAACUAAAAUUCAAUGGGAAAUGGGAAUCAGAGCCUCCUUUUUUAAUAGAAUUAAUUCCCUGUGCAUAUCUUCAUGUAAGACAUUUAGGUAAAGUACAGAAAACUAAAAAGAAGGAGAAAAACAAUCAUUCUCUCCCUACCCAAAGGUGGGUGUUAGUUUUUCAUUAAAUUUCUUUCUUGCAUUGAAUGCAUAGUUUUAUAUUUGUUUGUAUUCUACAGAGUUGUGGUUAUACUUUACUGAUAGAGAAUUUCCGAUGAAUAAAGUGACA